AUGAGGUCCUCCCUGACACCUUUGGGGCCCUCUGUGAGCCGGGACCGUGUCAUCACCAGCUUCCCUAAGUGGUACACGCCCGCCGCCUGCCUGCAGCUCCGGGAGCACUUCCACGGGCAGGUCAGCGCCGCCUGCCAGCGCGGGAACACAGGGACCGUAGGGCUCAGACUCUCCAAGGUGGUGGUGGUCGGCGAUCUCUACGUGGGCAAGACCUGCCUCAUCCACAGGUUCUGCAAGAAUGUCUUCAACCAUGACUACAAGGCCACCAUUGGGGUGGACUUUGAGAUCGAGCGCUUUGAGGUCGCUGGGACCCCCUUCAGCCUCCAGAUCUGGGACACAGCAGGGCAGGAGAAGUUCAAGUGCAUCGCAUCUGCCUACUACCGGGGUGCCCAGGUGAUCAUCACAGCCUUUGACCUCACCGACGUGCAGACCCUGGAGCACGCCAGGCAAUGGCUGGAGGACGCGCUGAGGGAGAAUGAGCCGGGCGCCUGCUUUCUGUUCCUCGUGGGCACCAAGAAGGACCUGCUGUCAGGGGCCGCGUGCGAGCAGGCGGAGGCGGAGGCCGUGCGCCUGGCCAACGAGAUGCAGGCUGAAUACUGGUCUGUGUCAGCCAAGACCGGGGAGAACGUGAAGGCGUUUUUCAGCCGUGUGGCCGCCCUGGCCUUCGAGCGCUCAGUACUGCAGGACUUGGAGCGGAGGAGCAGCGCCCCGCUGCAGGUCGGCAGCGGGGACCUCAUCCGGAUGGAGGGACUCCCACCUGAGACCCCGGACAGCAGGAGGCCCUCCAGCCCGAGUUGCUGUUAG